AUGGCAUCAUCGCCCAGGCCGGCUUCGACCUCGUCCCCCGGCCCGGCAUCAUCAUCUCGGGACACCAACAUCGCUCAAGCGCUGUGGGCGCUUCAGGUGCCGCUGCUCAUCACCCACGCCUCCCAGCCCAACAACCCAUUCGUCGCCGCCAUCCCGCGCUUCAGCUAUCUCGCCCUGCUCCUACCGCGCCUGAGCGCCUUCUUCGGCCUCCCCUGCUCCAGCUUCCAUCAUGAGGAGAUUCAGCUACGCAACCUGGCCGUCGGCCUCCUCGUCGACCUGUAUCAGCCAACCCUGCCCUGGCGCCUUGUCGUUGGCGACGGCGACGAGUGGGACAUUGCCGACACCUUCAUCAACGGCGUCAAGGAGCAUAUGCACGUCGAGCAGGCCGACUUCGUACGCAACGGCAACGCCAAGCAGAUCAUGAGCAUGUCCAAGGACCAUACGACCGCUCUAUGGAACGCCGUGCAGGACAACGACUUCGUGGCCUUCACCAAGGUCAACGCGCAGCUGCUGAAUGCGCCCACACCGCUGAAGCACAUACCGCUGCGCAUCUACAUCCCCUCCUCACCGCCAGACGCAGGAGGGGCGCCAGGCUCCUUCAAGGUGAUGCAGACGCUUGUGGCGCCCAGGACGGCUAAUCGAGCUCCACAGACCCUUGGGCCCGCCCUGCGGAGCCUGCUGCCCAGCCUCUUUCCCAGCAGCCGGGACCCCGUGCUGGCGAACGUCCUCCUGCAUGGUGUCCCCGUGCCCUUCACGGCCCCGCUCGACGAACUGAUGCGCGAGGCGGCCUACCCCGACGGCUGGCUCUGCCUGAUCGUCAUUCUGCUUUAA